AACAGCAACUCUUACAGCCACAACAUGUGCGGGAUCUUCGCCUACUGCAGCUACCUCCAGGAGAAGGACCGCAAAACCGUCUGCGACAUUCUCGUCAAUGGCCUCGCGCGGCAAGAGUACCGAGGAUAUGAUUCUGCUGGUCUCGGAGUCGAUGGGGACAAGAAGGGCGAGGUGAUAUUCUUCAAGGAGGUUGGCAAGGUCGCUGGCCUCCGCAAGAAGAUCGCGGAAUCGAAGGUUGACAUGAGCAAGACCUUCCUAUCGCAAGUAUCCAUUGCUCACACUCGAUGGGCGACGCACGGCCAACCGUCCGUCGUCAACUGCCAUCCUCUCAGGUCUGACCCGACUGCAGAGUUCGCUAUCGUCCACAAUGGCAUCGUCACCAACGCUGCUGCCCUACGUCUCCUCCUCCAGAAGCGCGGCUACCGCUUUGAAUCUGACACCGACACUGAGGCCGUCGCAAUCCUUUGCAAGUACAUCUACGACUCGCAGCCCGAGAAGCGGCUAAGCUUCACCGAGCUGGUCAAGACUGUGCUGACGGAGCUCGAGGGUUCGUUCGCGUUCGUAUUCAAAUCAGUGCACUACCCCAACGAGGCCGUCACCGCUCGUCGUGGUUCGCCUCUCCUCGUUGGUGUCAAGACUGAGAGGAAGCUCAAGGUUGACUUCGUCGAUGUCGAGUUUCCGAGUGUAGAGGGCGAGAAGAACAUUGAUGCGCUCGCCGCUCCCACCUCUCCUGGCGGUCUCCUCGCGCCGCCCUCGCAGAACAACCUCAUGCGCACACAGUCUCGCGCGUUCAUGUCAGAGGACGGCAUGCCGCAACCCAUCGAGUUCUUCGUCGCGUCCGAUGCUGCUGCUAUCAUUGAACACACGAAGCGUGUGCUUUAUCUCGAGGACGAUGACAUUGCGCACAUCUCUGAGGGUGAGCUGCACAUCCACCGUCUCCGCCGUACCGAGGGCCCCCCGGUUUCCUCGAUUCGUACAAUUGAGACACUCGAGAUCGAGCUCGCCGAGAUCAUGAAGGGGAAGUUCGACCACUUCAUGCAGAAGGAGAUCUACGAGCAACCCGAAUCCGUCGUCAACACCAUGCGUGGACGUGUCAACUUCGACCAGCACGUCAUCACCCUUGGUGGUCUCCGCCAAUACCUCAACAUCAUCCGCCGCGGCCGUCGUAUUGUCUUCUGCGCGUGCGGUACCUCGUACCACUCUGCCAUUGCCACACGUGCAAUCUUCGAGGAGCUCACGGAGAUCCCCGUCACCGUCGAGCUCGCGUCCGACUUCCUGGACCGCAAGACCCCGAUCUUCCGUGAUGACGUCUGCGUGUUCGUCUCGCAGAGUGGUGAGACUGCCGACACUAUCCUUGCGAUGCGCUACUGCUUGGAGAGGGGUGCGCUUUGCGUUGGUGUCGUCAAUACUGUCGGCUCGACGAUCUCGCGUGAGACUCACUGCGGUGUUCACAUCAAUGCUGGUCCCGAAAUUGGUGUCGCAUCGACCAAGGCGUACACGUCACAAUACAUUGCCCUCAUCAUGAUAGCCCUCCAGCUUUCAGAGGAUCGAGUCUCAACAAUAGAGCGCCGCAAGCAGAUCAUCGAUGGUCUUCAUGCGCUUCCCUCGCAGAUUAAGAGAGUGCUUGAGGGCGACCGUGGCCUGCAGGAGCUUGCGACCGGCGUUCUCGCGAACCAGCGGAGUCUACUCAUUAUGGGUCGCGGUCAUCAGUAUGCCACCUGUCUCGAGGCUGCGCUUAAGAUCAAGGAGAUUUCGUACAUGCACUCGGAGGGUAUCCUUGCCGGCGAACUCAAGCACGGCCCGCUCGCGCUCAUCGACGAGAAUAUGCCAGUGAUCAUCAUCAUGACCCAGGAUUCGCUCUAUCCCAAGGUGCAGUCCGCGUACGCGCAGAUCACCGCGCGCAAGGCGCAGCCGAUCGUCGUCUGCAACGAGGACGACCAGGACAUCCCCGCCGGCGUUAAAACGAUCCGUCUGCCCAAGGCUGUCGACUGCCUCCAGGGUAUCCUGAACAUCGUUCCCAUGCAACUGCUCUCGUACCACCUUGCCGUCAGGAACGGCUUCGAUGUCGACUUCCCGAGGAACCUUGCGAAGUCGGUCACGACCGAAUAAGCGGUUUGCACGCAAGCUGAACAGAAACUCACGGGCACCCAGCAGUGGGAACGUUGUAACAAAUGCUGGACGUAUGGCACAUGGACUCUUUGAGCAUCUAACUGGUGGACUAGAAGCCUCCAGCUGCCGGUCGUCGUUCUCUCUGACGUUGGUACCUUCGUAAUUGAGGUCGUGCAUCCUCUCCCCUUUAUGAAUUGGCUACGGUGCAGCUCGAACGGACUCUCUCAGAUUGUAGUACAUAAAUGAUAGCUCAAGGUCUUUUGGUUGG